UGGCCGGCCCGCGCCCAACGCUCCGCUGGUGGGACGCCCGCGGCCGGAUGCCCUCCGUCCGCUCCCUCCUCGGCCUCUUGGCGGCCGCGGCGGUCUGCGGCGCCUUCGCCUUCCUAGGCUAUUGUGUUUACCUCGACCGGAAGCGGCGCGGGGACCCCGCGUUCAAACGCCGCCUGCGGGACAAAAGAAGAGCCGAGCCUCAAAAGCCUGAGGAGCGGGGCACGCAGUUGUGGGAUCCAGCGAAGAAUAAAAAAUUGCAAGAACUUUUCUUGCAAGAGGUACGGAUGGGAGAACUUUGGUUAUCUAGAGGAGAGCAUAGAAUGGGGGUUCAACACCUCAGCAAUGCCCUUUUAGUGUGUGGGCAACCACAGGAACUUCUGAAGGUUUUCAAACACACACUCCCUCCCAAGGUAUUUGAGAUGCUGUUGCACAAAAUUCCCCUUAUUUGCCAGCAAUUUGAGGCAGACAUGAAUGAACAGGAAUGCUUGGAGGAUGAUCCUGAUUGAAAAACAUUUCAACGUAUCCACAGUCCAGUGAGAAUACUAUGGUACCAUACAGUAUAAACAACUGCUCAGUAAUAUUUCCAUUUAUUUUACUUUUAGUAAUAAAAAUUUGUCUAUCUCAUACAUGAUUGAACACAUAAGUUGCUUUAAAAUUAACAGUCACAAUUGAAGAAA